AAAUGUCAAUCUUAUCUUUUAUCGAUAAGAACAAUUGGAUGCUUGCCGUGAAGCCUUCGCCAUAAUUUUUGGCCGAUAGAUAACCAUCACGCGAUCACGGUCAGAACAUCGCGUGGCAAGUCGAGCUGCUGCCAUUGUAGUGUCGCGCACCAUGGAGGACCAGGCGCACAAACCUCAUAGGAAGGCGAAGGAGAAGAAAAGGCCUCAAGGGGAUCAUAACCCUAAGGCCUUCGCCUUCGCCCGGCCUGGAAAGCUCGCGAGAGCCGCCGCAAGAUCGCAUGAUAUACGCGAAAAGCGACUUCACGUCCCUCAAGCCGACCGUUCUCCCGAUACGGAACCGCCCCCUCGCCUUGUCACCAUUGUUGGUCCCCCUGGUGUCGGCAAGACCACAUUAUUAAAGUCUCUAGUCAAGCGCUAUACCAAGGAGACCAUUACCGAUCCUACAGGGCCGAUCACCGUCGUUACCUCCCGAAAACAGAGGCUUACUUUCGUGGAAUGCCCGGCUGAGCUAACAGCCAUGGUUGAUAUGGCUAAGAUCGCAGAUGUUGUACUGAUACUGAUUGAUGGAAACUUCGGAUUUGAAAUGGAGACAAUGGAGUUCCUGAAUAUUCUAUCAGCCACAGGCAUGCCGGGAAAUGUCUUUUCGGUGCUCACUCAUCUGGACCUCUUCAAGAAACCCCAGCACCUGAAGGAUGCGAAGAAAACACUCAAGCAUCGACUUUGGAACGAGCUCUAUCAGGGCGCCCAUCUUUUCUACUUAUCAGGUGUUAUCAACGGCCGAUACCCCGAUCGUGAAAUCCAUAACUUGUCUAGAUUCCUUUCAGUCAUGAAGAACCCUCGUCCCCUCAUCUGGAAAAAUUCGCACAGUUACAUACUGGGUGAUAGCCUUCGAGACCUUACGCAUCCUAACCAGAUCGAGGAGGACGCCAAAUGCGAUCGCUCAGUCGCCAUAUAUGGUUAUCUGAGAGGAGGAGUGAACUUUUCCAUUGAGAACCAAAAAGUUCACAUCCCGGGAGUAGGUGAUUUUACCGUGAAAAGGUGCGAAGCCUUGCCGGAUCCCUGUCCUUCCCCCGCUCAGCAGGCCGCUAUAGCUAAGGCUACCGGCCAAACCGGCCGGAAACGGCUAGAUGAGAAGGAUAAAAAACUGCAUGCUCCUUUCUCUGAUCGCCAGGGGCUCAAGAUUGAAGGCUCUGCCAUAUGGAUUAAUCGCGAAAAGGGGUUUAACUUCGACAAGGAUGCUCCUGCAGAUGGAGAGCGUGGUUUGGGCGAAGAAAUGAUUAUUGGGCUUCAGAGCGGCGGCAGAGUUCUCGGGCAAACCGGAAAUGGACUGCAGUUAUUCUCAACUGGUGAUCAUGUCGUUAAUGCGUUAGAUGACGAUCCUGGUGAUUCUGGGCGAAAGAGCCAGCGAACAGUGAGAGCUGUGGAACAAGAUGGUUACGAUGACGGUAACGGCGCUGAAUUUGAGGACGACCUCUCUGAAGAGGAGGAACUCGCUAGCGGAGAGGAGGUUGAAGAGCCUGACUUGAAUCAUCGAAAAUUGGGCAGAUUGUUUCAAGAGCAGGAUGAAGACAAACCAGGUGAUGAUCUGGCGUUUGCAGACAGUGACUCCGAUCUGGGUUCGGAUUUUGGAAGCGGGGCUGAGGACGAGGACGAAGACGACGAGCUAGCCGCUAAAUGGCGAGUAGACCUCACUGAAAGAGCUAAGGCUCUCCAACGACAGGCGCCAUCCUACCGUACCGCAGACCUAGCUAGGCUGAUGUAUGACGAGCAAUUAACCGCUCGUGAAGUCUUGGAGAGGUGGAAGGCUGAAGUUGCUGAAGAUGAAGACGAAGAGGACAUUGAAGCAGACUCCGAAGACGAAUUCUUCAGCUCCAAAAAAGAGGAUGAUGAUUAUGUCGAGAACACUCCUGUUCCUCGGUUGACCUCCGAUGAUUACGAUCAAUUGGCGGCAAAGUGGUCACUAGAAGACAAUGCCAAUUUGCUACGCCAACGGUUUACAUCGACAAAGGGCCGUGAUGAUAACCCCGAUGGCUUUGAAGGGUUUGGGGAUGAUGGUGAUGAAGGUGAAGGAGACGAUGAGAAUGAUGAAGAAAUUGAAGGCUGGGGUGAUUUCGAGGAUCUGGAAUCGGGUGAAAAGGAAACAGAGGAGCCACAACUGCAACAAGCUGAGUCCCUCGAAGCAGAGAGAGCAAGGAAUGCUGCUAGAAAAGAGGAACUCAAACAGCGCUUUGAAGAAGAAGAUCGCGAGGGUUUUGGAAAGGAGCAGCUAAACAAAGAAGAGUUUGGGGAAGAUGAAUGGUACGAGUCUCAGAAAGCAAACUUGCAGAAACAGAUCGACAUCAAUAAAGCCGAGUUCGAGGGUCUGGAUGAACGCCAAAGACUCGCCGUGGAGGGUCUUACAGCAGGAAAAUACGUUUCCGUCAUCUUAGAAAAGGUCCCUGCGGAAUUCAUCUUGAACUUCUCAGCCCGCAAACCUCUCAUCGUUGGAAGCUUAAGUCCUCUAGAGGAAAGAUUUGGCUUCCUUCAAGUGAGGAUGAGAAAACAUAGAUGGCAUAAGAAGAUCUUGAAGAAUAAUGAUCCUCUCAUUUUCUCAGCUGGUUGGAGGCGAUUCCAAGCCAUGCCUAUGCUUCAUUCGUGGGAGGAACGAGUCCGUCACCGAAUGCUAAAGUAUUCGCCGGAACACUCAUUCUGUUACGCCACUUUCUGGGGACCCCUGAUUGCCCCAAACACAAGCUUUACUUGUUUUCAAUCCUUUUCCUCUGAUAAUCCAGGAUUCCGCAUAGCAGCGACUGGAACAGUCCUAAGUGUUGACCAGAGUUAUGAGAUUGUAAAGAAGUUGAAGUUAACAGGUACACCCGCUAAGGUCUAUAAAAACACCGCUUUCAUCAAGGACAUGUUCAAUAGUAGCCUCGAGAUCGCCAAGUUCGAAGGAGCAUCGAUAAAAACCGUCUCUGGCAUUCGGGGUCAGAUCAAGAGGGCUUUAUCCAAACCUGAGGGACAUUUCCGAGCGACCUUCGAAGAUAAAAUCCUAAUGGGCGAUCUAGUAUUUCUGAGAGCAUGGUAUCCCAUCAAGCCCCACCGAUUUCAUAAUCCCGUAACGGAACGUCUCGGUGACUGGCAGUCAAUGCGCCUGACAGGCCAGGUGCGUCGAGACCAGAACAUACCGACGCCGCAGGACGCCGACAGCAAGUACCGCCCGAUCGAGCGCGCCGCACGACACUUCAACCCACUCAAGGUACCUCGGGCACUGGCGGCGGAGCUGCCGUUCAAGUCCCAGAUCGUGCGCAUGAAGCCGCAGAAACGCGACACAUACAUGCAGAAGCGAGCAGUCGUGCUGGGCGGCGAGGAGAAGCGCGCGCGCGACCUCAUGCAGAAGCUGACAACAGUCCGCAAGGAUACCAUCGCGAAGCGCCGCGCCAAGAAAGAAGAGAAGCGCGUCGAGUUCCGCAAGAAAAUGGCUGCGAUGAACGAGAAGAAGGAGGCGAGGGAACGUCGCGAGAAGCAGGAAUACUGGCAGCGUGAGGGAAAGAAGAGAAAGGGGGAGAUGGAGGGGGGUGGCGGGAAGAGGAGAAGAUAGAUAAAUAUAUGGCUAGAUAGAUAUUGGGGAUAGGUGUAUGUAGAUAUUUGGGGCUUGAUUUUGAAAAUGAAAAAAAGUAAUUGUUUUUGGGAUAUUUGUAUUGGUGUGUCUGUUCAAGUCUACUCUACAGCCCUCCAUUUGUCCAUUUUACCUUUAUCGAGUUAGCAUGAAUUUCGUAAGUCAGGAGACAUUCUCAGCGCGAGUGGUCUGUUUGCUCGCAAAGUAUUCAUUCAUUCAUUCAUAUAGUGCUAUUCUGGCCUUUGAUCUCC